AUGGCGGCGCCAGCAACAAAGGAAAUUCCAGACUGGGAAAAAUGGGGACUGCCAGAGGGCGGCAUGUCCCUGUAUCUGAAAGCUGGUCCCGAUGGAGCGGUUGGUGAUUGUCCCUUUACUCACUUGGUCCGACUAGUCUUGGAAGAAAAGGGAUUGGAAUACGAGUUGAUUCCCAGCGUCCAGGAAACCAAACCAAAAUGGUUGGUGGACCAUUUUGGUGGCAAAAUGCCCGCAUUGCGCCAUAAGAAAGAAUGCUAUGUCGAGUCCAUGGACAUUGCCCUAUAUGUGGAUGUCUUCUUUCCAGAACCACCACUCAAAGCUGCCGCAGCCGACAUGGAAACAGCGGAAGCUGCCGUUGCUGGAAUUUUCCCUGCCAUUGCCAAAUAUCUCAAGCAUACGCCCGAUGGAGAUGACGAUGAUUUGGCAUUGAAAGCUGGAUUGGAAGAAAAAUUGACAAGUUUAGAAACACAUUUGGGCAGCACCGGAAGGACUGGCCCCUUCUUGGUUGGCAGUGGAGAGAAAAUGACACUGGUGGAUUGCUCCUUGGCACCCAAACUCUAUCAUAUGCAGACCGGCUUGGAAGGAUUCAAAAACAAAUCCAUUGAUUUGGGACAACAAUUUCCAAAGGUCCGGGCAUACAUGGAUGCUGUGUUUGCCCGACCCAGUUUCAAAAAGACAAUAUACCCCCCUGAGAUGGUCCUGUGGGGAUGGGGCAAUGCCCGAAAGUAG